AUGGCUGAACGUGGAGGUGAAGGACGCGGCGGCUUCGGCCGCGGUUUCGGACGCGGCGACCGCGGUGGACGCGGCCGCGGCGACCGCGGUGGACGCGGCCGCGGCAGGCGCGACGCCAAGCCCGAGGAUCGCUGGACCCCGUGCACCAAGCUCGGCCGCCUCGUGCAGCAGGGUAAGAUUCGCUCCCUCGAGCAGAUCUACCUCUUCUCCAUCCCCAUCAAGGAGCACCAGAUCGUGGAGCACUUCCUCGGCGAGCUCUCCGACGAGGUGAUGAAGAUCAUGCCCGUGCAGAAGCAGACCUCCGCGGGUCAGCGCAUGCGCUUCAAGGCUUUCGUCGUCGUGGGCGACAAGAACGGCCACAUCGGCCUCGGCGUCAAGGCGUGCAAGGAGGUUGCGCACUCCAUCCAGGGCUCCAUGAUCCUCGCCAAGCUCAACAUCGUCCCCGUCCGACGCGGAUACUGGGGCGGUAAGAUUGGCGCCCCGCACACCAUCCCCACCAAGCUCACCGGCAAGUGCGGCUCGGUGUCUGUCCGCCUCAUCCCCGCGCCCCGCGGCGCCGGUCUCGUCGCCGCGAACGGCUCCAAGAAGGUGCUCCAGCUCGCGGGCCUCCACGACGUGUACACCUCCUCCACCGGAUCCACGAAAACCCUCGGCAACUUCGUCAAGGCGACGUACUACGCCCUCAAGAAAUCCUACGGCUUCCUGUCCCCAGACCUGUGGAGGGAGACUUCGUUCACCAAGGCGCCCGCGCAGGAGUUCACCGACUUCCUCGCCAUGAAGAAGACUGUCGAUCACUCCAAGAACUACGACAGGGAGUACUGA